CGACAAGCCUGCCAGACGCUCCUUCUUUCCUCCCCGAAGGGUUAAAAAGUUAGGCAUAGCUAGGGUUUCGGCAGUGGGGGGAAAAAGUUGUCGCAUUCGUCGCAUUCUCCAAAAACCGGCGAGAAACCGCGCCGCAAGGUGGUAAAUUGAAUGUACCUUCGGCGGGCUGGCAGUUAGUCUAGCCAGGGCUGUCGCUUGGGAUGGAUAGUUAGCACUGGUUGUGUCCGUCCGAGAGGCAAUCUGUGCUUUUUGUACUGUGUGUUGGGCCAGGAAAAUCUAGCGAUAUAAAGAGAGAAAGGGUCUUGGGAGGGUUGUAGUGAAAAGUUAAAAAAAAACAUACCAGCAUGGCAUCGCCAGCCUCUUUGGCCAGCUACGACAGUGAUGGUAGCGAUAAUCGAAUCUCCUCGAUGCAGAAGAUCGGCAAGGGAGAACCGGUCGACAACGAUGAGUUCGACACGUGGAUGAAGUCGAAGCAGCUGCUCAAGCCGGACGAUCAGCUCGACCUGACCGAGGCGGAGCUGGGCGAGGAGAUCCCGAAGCUGCUGUCGACCGAGAACCGCCACCUGCCGCGCAACCUGGUCGUGUACGACUUCCGGGAGGGUGCGUUCCUGCCGGUGCCACCGCCCGAGAACACGAUCACGCUGCUCGAGUUCGAGGGCACCUCCAUCCACAAGGACACGGACGAGGCGAAGGAGCAGAUCUCGCGCAAGGGCACCGACGAGUUGAAUGUCACGCUGGACAAACCGAAGGAAACUCUCGCCGAAGACCAGGAGGACACGAAAAAGCCCGACACACCGGAAACUGGUGACGGCGAAGAGGGUGAACGGGAUGAAGAUGAAGCGGAAGGUGAAGGCGAAGGUCAAGAGCAGGAGGAAGAAGUACAGCCUCCGCCGGAAGAGGAAGCUCCGAAGAAGAAGCUCACGAAUCAGUUCAACUUUUGUGAACGUGCCGCCUUGACGAUAGCGAACCCGUCACGGUCCGUCGACACUCAAACGAUACCACCGCCAAGAUCAUCGUACGGUGCCAGCGUACUCCAGUGGGUGAUCUACGAUUCGUACAUCGAGGAUUACGCGCAGCAGCAGCGCGAGAAGGAACGGGAGAAGGAGAAAAAGCCCGGCCUGCAGCGGCGCGACGAGAAGAGCCGCAAGGACGAGAAGGCCAAACAGGCGGAAGAGUUUAACAAGCGCUACCUGCAGGCGUGCCAGAUCAUCGAGCGGAUGGUGAACCAGAACAUUUACGACGAGAUCGCCCAGGACUAUCGCUACUGGGAGGAUCCGUCCGAUGAGUUCCGCGAGGAGGAGGGCACACUGCUGCCGCUGUGGAAGUUCUCCUACGAGCGGACGAAGAAGAUGUGCGUUACCGAUCUUUGCUUCAACACGCUGUACUACGAUCUGUUUGCCGUCUGCUUUGGGACACUGGACUUUAUGAAACAAAACGCUGAAGGUGCCGUUUGCUUGUUUACCAUAAAAAAUCCCUCCUUCCCGGACUAUAGAAUCGCCACCGAAAGUGGUGCCAUGUGCUGCGACAUUCACCCCAAGUACCCGUACCUGAUUGCGAUCGGCCUGUACGAUGGGAACGUGAUCGUGUACAACCUGCAGGUCGGUACGAAGGAGGGCCCGGUCUACAUCUCGCACGGCGUCAACGGCAAACACGCGGAGUGCGUGUGGGAAAUCAAGUGGGGCCCGGACAUGCAGGAUGGCGAAAUCAACUUUUUCUCCGUGUCGGCCGACGGGAAGGUGUUCAACUGGGUGCUGAUGCAGAACAAGCUGGCCAUUACCACGAUCAUUACGCUGUUUCUCGAGCUGGAUCAGGUCAGCGGUCCCGAUGGCAGUACGCUGCGGUUGAAGGGUAGCGGCACUUGCAUGGUGUUCCAUCCGCACAAUCAAGAAAUUUUCCUCGUCGGUACGGAGGAAGGAUACAUCUUUAAGUGCAGCACAGCGUACAGCUCGAAAUAUCUAAUGACGUAUCAUGCACACUAUCUGCCGGUGCAUCGGAUGGAUUACAACAAGUUCAAUUCGAACAUUUUCGCCUCCUGCAGUGGCGAUUGGCGGGUGAAGAUAUGGGAAGAUAUGCGCCCUGAACCACUUUUCAUCUUCGAUCUGGGCUCCUCGGUGGGCGACGUGAAGUGGGCACCGUACUCGAGCACCGUUUUCGCGGCCGUCACGACCGAGGGCAAGGUGUUUGUGUUCGAUCUGAACGUGAACAAGUACAAAGCCAUCUGUACCCAGGCGAUCGUUUCGAAGCGCAAGAACAAGCUUACCCGGCUGGCGUUCAACCAGAAGCUGCCGUUUAUCAUCGUCGGGGACGAUAAAGGCACAACAAUUACGCUGAAGCUUUCACCUAACCUACGCAUCAAGACCAAGAUGGGCAAGAAGGCGGGCGUCGUUGAUCCGCAGCUGCUCGAAAGCCAGAAGCUGGACCGGUUGCUGUCGCUCGUUCGUGAGCUGCCGGAAGGUGAAACGGUCAAGGAAACUGUGUCGACCGUCGCAUCGAACUAAGAACGAGGAAGACAUUGAGAGAUUGAGAGGGUGAGCGACCUGUUUUUUUGUACGCUAUUGAACCCACCUUUGGCAAACGUACGUUUAUUGAGAGCAAAAUUCGCAGCAUGGCAGACAAAGAAGACACCCAACGGAGGAUCGGUGUAGUGGACCGGUUCGUUUUGAUUGUUAUUUUUCGGAUCCCGCUCACGGAGUUUGAAAUAAACGAGUCGUCGAAAGUCAAAUUACCUUUUUUGUUCCCCCCCAACCCCCCUCGGGCACAGCGAUACUGGUGAACCCAGCCGGCAUAGCCGGAAGGAAGCGUGUCUAGGAGCGAUAGUGCGGUACAGUGGUAGUGUUUUCUCUUUAUUUAUUUUAUCUUUUUCAACAGGUUCAAGGUUUAAGUUUACAGUUGUGUUAUACGUUUUCUUUGCUCUUUUUGUUUGUGUCCUAUCCUAGGCUAUAUAGUGAGAUAAAUGUUAGCGGGCAACAGUGUGUGUGUGUGUGUGU